AUGCAUACUGCUUCUACAAACAUUUGUGAAAGAAUGGAACGCUCUCAGGAGCUCAGUGAAUUCAAGCGUGGUAACGUGAUAGGUUGCCACCUGUGCAAUAAGUCCAUCCCUGAAAUUUCCUUGCUACUAAAUAUUCCACAGUCAACUGUUAGUGGUGUUAUAACAAAGUGGAAACAACUAUGUGCAACAGCAUCUCAGCCACAAAGUGAGCGGGGUCAGUGCAUGCUGAUGAAGCGCAUAGUGCGCAGAAGUCGCCAACUGUCUGCAGAGUCAAUAGCUAAAGAUCUCCAAAUUUCAUGUGGCCUUCAGAUUAGCUUCAGAUUAGCACAACAACAGUGCAUAGAGAGCUUCAUCUAAUGGAUUCCAAGGC